GUCCGAUGGACCAUCAAACUCAUCUCUACUUGCAACUCAAACCAUCCGAGCAAGAGAAAGCCGAAGGGUACGAUGAAUGGCCUCAAAAACGUCUUUACUAAACUGUCAACCAAUUUUUACAAAGCUACAACUGCAAGCGAUGAGAGACCAGCUGACGUAUACCCGUCCGUUGGGGUAUGUUCAAAGGCUCGUAUAGCCUGGCCACCGAGGCUUACUUGUGCUCCUCGUGUACUUGGCGAGGUAAAAGACGAAUCUGGUCGCCACUAUCCUCGCGACCUUGGGCGAUCGGUCGAACUUGGAGGCCAUCAUUAUUACAUCUUUGGCGAUACAUUUUGUUUCAACAACGAAGGUGAUUUCGUUGGCGUGACGAACAAUAGUAUCGCCUUGAUCCCCGACUUGAAUGCUCCUACCAAGAGCAGAUACUAUUCUCCGGAAGCCAAAGUUCCAGAAUUUGUACGACAUACAGCUGAAGAGAGACGUUUUUGUGAGAGACCGGAGAAUAUCAAAGAUAACAGGAGGCUUGUCACAUGGUCAUUUGGUGGGAUUAUCAAGAUUCCAGGGAGUGAGGGUCGUGAAGGAUGGCUAUUUUUUGACCCAGUUGAGACACUCGGCGGAAACGCUGUUAGACAGACAGGAGUGGGCGUUGCGAGAGUAAAGGUGACAGCGCCGGACGGCAAAAUUGAGUGUGAAAGAGUAGGACAAUUUCCACUGUUCCCCGCUGACGGACCGCUGUGGGGUAACAUGUCUAACAUAUCUGCGCCCGACGGUUGGACUUAUCUCUUGUCAGGAAAAGGGCUCGACAACUACAUGGCUAGAAUUAGAACGGAUGACAAUUUCGCAGACGCGGCAAACUAUCAAUUCCUCAAGAAGAAUGGAAAGUGGGAGUCCACGUACACUGAGCCACACGGGCCGUUUGGAGAGCUGGCCCACGAUGUACUUUGUGGGCAAGGUCAGGGCGCCAUCAUACAUCUUCCUGAUUUUUCACCGCUUGGGAAGGAAUACCUCUGGUUCGGAUGCGAGAAGUUCAUGACCAGUAAGCUGUACGUUGGUGCUGCACCGAGACCGGAGGGACCGUGGGAGGUGCAUUCGCUAGGGGAAAUGCCUAAGAUCACCGAACAAGCAAAGACUCGAUACUGCAUCUAUCCGCACAUCUGGGGGAGUGAUCUGAGCGAAGGCAAGAUUCUCAUUACGUGGAGCGACGAUGGCACAAUGGGAGGAAAGGUCGCUGCCGGCAUUUUCGAAUUUGCAAUGGAUUGAACUCUUCGCUUGACGUCCGGUUGAUUCCAGGCCAUGGAUCAUGCUCGGCGAUUGCGAUGUAUCCGGGUGGAGUAAAGAGAACGGGUUCUUCCAAACACAUAUGAUGUCAUAGUUGUUGCCCUUGACUGCAAACUAGCGCCGUCCCGCUCACCCUAAGCUGUAUUCAGGCACUGGAUUUCAGACUGUACAUUAAACCCUUUCGUAGCAAAGUGAGC